AACUGGGCCUCAACUAUACCCCCAAACACUUUGCAAAUCAGGGUUAUAAUAUAAAUCGAGCUAGGGUUUCAAUUCCGUCUUCCGAAACACAACUGCAAUUGUUCAAGGAGGCUGAGCCGCCGUCUUCAUCACCGGAAUAAUCCCGUAAUCUUACAGAACAAAGAAGAUGGCUUACGCAGCAAUGAAGCCAACAAAGGCAGGGCUAGAAGAGCCCCAAGAACAGAUCCACAAGAUUAGGAUCACUCUUUCUUCCAAGAAUGUUAAGAAUCUUGAGAAAGUGUGUGCUGAUUUGGUUCGUGGAGCCAAGGAUAAGAAAUUGAGAGUCAAGGGACCAGUUAGAAUGCCAACUAAGGUUCUUAAUAUCACAACCAGGAAGUCUCCUUGUGGUGAAGGAACAAACACCUGGGACAGAUUUGAGCUUCGUGUACACAAGCGUGUUAUUGAUCUUUUCAGCUCACCGGAUGUUGUGAAACAAAUUACCUCAAUCACCAUUGAACCCGGUGUUGAAGUCGAGGUUACCAUUGCUGAUUCGUAGGCGUACUCUGUUUUAUGAUGGAUGGUUAAGAAUGUCUUUUGGUUGUGUAAUAGUUUCAUUUCAUGUAGGAUUUGAAUAUCUUUGCAAUUUUGAAAUUAUUUGACAGGAAGUUCAGAGUUCAGAGUUGUGUUUUAUUUAUAUCAUUUGUAUUUUUCACGACCUUUAA